UGCUGCUAUAUAAAUUCCUCUUGAGAUCCACAAUGAAAAUUGAAACUGAAGAUAUUUUUCAGUGAGCUGAGAGAGAAAAGAGUGAUAAAAAUGGCGAUUAGGGUUUGGAUUUCGUUAUUUCUAUGUGUUUUCGCAUUGUUAGGAUCGGAAUCUUACGCUUCUGAGAACGAAGACACUCAAUCGAAGGAGUUCGUUGUGACUUUAGAUCACUCCAAUUUCUCUGAUUUUGUAGGUCGACACAAAUUCAUCGUCGUCGAGUUCUACGCCCCUUGGUGUGGUCACUGCAAGAAGCUUGUUCCAGAAUAUGAGAAAGCAGCACAAAUUUUAAGCCAGAAUGAUCCACCAGUUGUUCUGGCCAAAGUUGAUGCCAGUGAGGAGCAAAACAAGGUUCUUGCCAGUGAGUUCGACAUAAAAGGUUUCCCCACUCUUAAGAUCUUGAGGUAUGGAGGUAGCGUUGUUCAAGAUUACAAAGGACCACGUGAGGCGGAUGGUAUUGUUUCUUACGUGAAGAAACAAAGUGGCCCUGCUUCUUCUGAAAUAAAAUCAUCUAAGGAUGCAGAAGAUUUUAUAGAUGUCAAUAAGAUCAUUAUCGUUGGGGUCUUUCCCGAGUUCUCCGGUGAGAAAUUUGGGAAUUUUACAGCUGUGGCUGGGAGAUUACGUGCUGAUUAUGAUUUUGGUCAUACUUCGGAUGCUAAACUCCUUCCUCGUGGGGAUUCAUCAGUUUCUGGCCCUGUGGUUAGGUUAUUCAAGCCUUUUGAUGAACUUUUUGUAGAUUUUCAGGAGUUCGAUGUGGAUGCCUUGGCAAAGUUAGUCGAAGAAGCAACUAUUCCUACUGUGACUGUAUAUAACAAGGACCCCAACAACCAUCCAUUUGUUGUUAAAUUCUUCAACAGUCCAAAUGACAAGGCCAUGUUGUUCGUAAACUUCAACAAUGACCUAUUUGAUAGUUUCAAAUCCAAGUAUCAUGAAGUUGCUGAACAGUACAAAGGCAAUGAUAUUAGUUUCUUAAUUGGUGAUGUUGAGGCCAGUCAAGGUGCCUUCCAGUACUUUGGACUCAAAGAGGAUCAGACACCUCUAAUCAUCAUACAGACAAAUGAUGGAGAGAAAUAUCUCAAACCAAAUGUUGAGCCUGAUCACAUUGCGUCAUGGGUUAAGGAUUUUAAGGACGGCAAGGUGAAACCUUUCAAAAAAUCAGAACCUAUCCCAGAAGUUAACAGCGAACCUGUUAAAGUUUUGGUUGCUGACAAUUUCCAGGAUAUGGUUUUCAACUCUGGGAAGAAUGUACUCAUUGAGUUCUAUGCCCCUUGGUGUGGACACUGCAAGCAGUUGGCCCCAAUCCUUGAUGAAGUGGCUGUCUCAUUCGAAAGUGAUGCAGAUGUUAUGAUUGCCAAAAUUGAUGCUACUGCUAAUGAUAUUCCACAAGGAACUUUUGAGGUCCAAGGUUAUCCUACUCUUUAUUUCAAGUCAGCAAGUGGAAAGCUCUUGCAGCAUCAAGGUGGGAGGACCAAGGAAGACAUUAUUGACUUUAUCCAGGAGAAUCGGGAUAAGGCUGCAGAGCAGGCUCCGGGAAAAGAUGAGCUAUAAUUAAAGGAUGAAAAUGAAGGAGUCUUCUAACACAGUUGGCAUUGGCAUUGGCUGCCUUACUGACUUACAAGCUCCAGCCAAGUGAGAAGAAAGAAACAAGCGCACAACAUCUCCACCUUUGCUUACCCUCCCCCCCCCCCCCCCCAUAACCCAAAUAUAGCCCCUUACCCCUAGUCUGUAAUCAAAUAUUUUCUGUUGAGCAGGAUUUUCCGAGGAUUUAGGUAUCGUAGCAAGUUUCAGUGGUUUGAUUAGUUGCAUCUUUGUAUGUUGAAUGGUUUUCUAGAGAAACUUGUCAAUUUUAAGUUAUUUACGAAACAUGAGCCUUUGAAUCUUA